GUGAUUGCUGUUGUUGUCUUCACCAACCACUUCAUCUUGACUCCAUCAGUGGGCUCGUCCUUCUUACAUACGCGGAUGAUGGUUGUUCAGCCAGAUAUCUCACCGACUGGCGAUAAUAAAGUUCUAUUGCUCCAAAAGUUUGGCACAGAAUUAAACUUGGGGGUGUUCUACGCGCUGUUGCAUGGUGCGCAGUUGUCCUCGAGCAUUGGGUCUUCAUGUUAUAUCAUGGACACACAUAGGCUUAUAUACUGGAAUCGUUGCUGUCACCUUAUGGAAUAUUUACAUUUGUGGCAACGGAUGCGCCAGCAAAUUCAUGAAAAUCAUGGUCGUCAUUAUCCUGUCCCUUUAUGUCUUGGCCACCAUCGAUUUCGCGUUCGUCUGGUCCAUUGGAAGCUCUGCGUUCACUGUCGACGGAAAGAGUUUCGGGACUGUAUAUCGGACAGUAAAUGGUCCCGCCACCGCGACACUAGCGACCGGUAUAACUGCCAUCAUUUCUACUAUUCUUGCCGACUCUACCAUGAUUUGGCGCUGCUGGAUUGUAUGGGGACAACGCUGGCUCGUCGUCACAUUCCCUAUAUUUUUUCUCCUGUCUGGAAUUGGCUUUAAAAUGAUCAAUGUACUUCAGCGAUUCGUGUAUGCAACCACCUAUGAACUUGGUGUGAUUCUGUACUCGUCUUUGAUUCUAGUGACGACAUUAUGGUGCACCUUUCUUAUCAUCUAUCGCAUCUUGACUGUGACAAUUAAUUCCGAUGGCGGGAUCGGCCCCUACCGUCAUAUCAUCGAAAUCUUGGUUGAAUCCUCACUUCUCUAUUCGGCGUCCUUAAUACUAUAUCUGGGCCUUUCUGCCUACGAUAGCUCGAAUUCGGUGUUAGUCUACUUGGAUUCUGUAGUGGCCUUUGCAAGGGGUGUUGCGCCAACACUUCUGGUCGGCCGCGUCGCAGGAUGGGCACGGCCGGAUGAUUCUUGGCAAGGAAGCGUCAUUUCUUCAACUCGAAGCAGCGUCGGAGAUGUGUGCGAACUUGAGGCUCAGACAGAGAGCACUGGGAUAGGCAAUGAACCCAGGGAUACGGCAGUUGGGUCGGAAUGAAGGAUUUAAUAAAUUUCAAGCCGACAUUGAGGUUAUUAUGUGCGUAUAAUAGGUAACGACGCUGUAGUCGCAGCAACUAAUUCAAUCCAAGUCCGGUGAAUUUAGUCGCAGGAAAUGGAUCCAAGCCGUACAGGAAACA